AGCCAGAUCGUAGACAGCAGAUUCCGGACGCGCUUUGGCGUGCUAUCAGAGCCCCAAGAGGUGGUCGCAGGGGUCUUUCUACAAAGGUUCGACACAUCAGAGAAGGUCUGCGACUCGGUGUUGCAAGGGGCAACUGUUUGGGAGAUUGAGACAUCUUCGUCAGAAGAAGAGGUUCAGAUCGUGGAAAGGCCUGCCGCAAAAGCUAGGCUCCACUUGGGGAACAUCAUCGGCAUCGUCAUCUUCUGUUGUGCCACCGGCAAGACCAAGUGGAACACAUCAGUUGAGAGCUCGUGCAAAGCCAUCAGCGAAGGCAAUCGAGAGAAUCUUGUGUUGGAUCGAUCGAGAACUGAGGGGACUUGGAACGACAAAUUCCCAGAAGACUCCAUCACUUUUUUGAACCGUCUCAAAGGGGCGGCAGAAGAGACGUGGGGCCACAGAGGUUCAGACAUCAAAGCACUCGAAGAUUUCCGUAACAAGUUUGACUUCAUUUGGCAAGCCUUGGAGGUCAGUGAUCGGCCUUCAGAUUCGUCACUUAGGAUGCACAACCUUCAGAUGUCCAAGCUGCCGCUGCUAAAGGCAAAAGUUCAGGUCCAACCUUGCUCCGGUCAAGAUGUGAGCCGCACUCAUGCGCCGCAUCAGGUGAAUCAAGAGUUUCUUUUGGAUACAGGGGCUGGUAGAAACUUAAUUUCCUUCCGCACGAUGCCAGAAGAGUUCAAAGAACAUGUCAUCGAUGCACCUGAAAGGCGAGAAACGCAUGAGGACGAACCAAUGAGAAGGCCAGAUGAUCUUCCGAGGUUUCGCACUCUGUUGCAAGAGGAUCGUAUGGCCAAAGAAGCCUCCGCCAGGGGAAUUUCAGUUCCUGAUACGCCUGCACCAGACACGCCAGUUGGAGCACCAAGAACUCCAGCAAUGCCGUCAGCUGAGCAGGGUGUGAGUCGCACUUGUGCGCCACAUCCACAAAACUCCUUGGAAGUCGAAGCAUUCUUUGCCAGUUGCCACGCCGCACCGGGGGAGCAAGACCAUGGGAGUAUCCACCUCCUGAUCGACAGGAAGGACUGGCACAAGCAUGAAGGGUAUCUUGAUGCAAUCAAGAAAGAACGGGAUGGUGUCUUGGAGAAUGGUACUUGGAACUAUGAUGAAGUAGUGCCUAGAGACGAGCUCAUGAAACGCAAAGAGCACAUCAAUAUAGGUGCAGGUUUGUUUCUUGAAGCGCUGCCAAUGCAAGAGCUCUUAGAGAC